CUCCAGCGAUUCAACAUGACAGAAGCCAAAGGAGCAAGUACACCUAUUGAUACAGCCUACCCAAGGUUAGAAGGAGAAGAUGAUCUUCUCACAUCCAAUGAAGAGUACAGACAAGCAGUGGGGGCACUUCUCUACAUUGCAACCACUACUCGUCCAGACAUUGCAGUCGCCAUGUCUCUUCUUUGCAGACGAGUUGAUAAACCACGUCAAAGAGACUGGAAUGCAAUCAAAAGAGUUAUGAGAUACUUGAAACAUACAAAGGACUUAUGUUUGAAACUUUCAGCAAAUGAUGACUUGAACCUCACAGGAUAUGUGGACUCUGAUUGGGCCGGUGAUCACAGUACACGCAAAUCCACAAGUGGUUACUUAUUCAAAUUGGGAAACAGUCCUAUAUCCUGGUCAAGCAAGAGACAGAUGUCAGUGGCAUUGUCUUCUACAGAAGCUGAAUACAUAUCAGCAGCUUUUGCUUGUCAAGAAGUUGUAUGGUUACAGCAAUUAAUCAAGGAUCUUGGAAAACCAACAUCAGAACCUACUGUGUUAUUUGAGGACAAUCAGGCAUGCAUUAAGCUUGCGACAAGUGAGAAGAUGAAUGCAAGAACCAAGCACAUCGACGUCAGACAUCAUUACAUUCAUGACUUAGUUGAUCAGAAAGUGAUUGUAUUGAUAUAUUGUGAGUCUGAAAAAAUGAUUGCUGAUGCCAUGACAAAGCCACUCGCUAGAAAUAGAUUUGUGGAUCUUAGAUCAAAUAUGGGACUGACAUAGAUAGUAGUUGUUGAGUGGGGGUGUUGGAAUACAGGUUUGUAUGUAUUUGCAACAACCAUAUCAAUGUAACAUCUGUUAUACUUUAUUGUCAGUAGAUGGCAGUGUUGU